AUGGAGACUGAUCACAAUGCGGCGUUUGAUUCCGUGGCUGUAUUUGCUCCGAUUCUUUUAAUACUCGCUACAUUCUUGACGAUGUUCUACAGGCUCAGGGCAAGAUGGCCUGUAAAAGUAAAUUGCUGGUUUUGUAAUGAGAAUACGAAGAUCUGGAGACAGCACCUAGAUUGGUGGUUAUGUCCUUGGUGUCAACAAUAUAAUGGCUUUUCCAAGAAUGGCGAUUAUAUGUACAAUAUUCCAGAACAGUAUGUAACACCAAAAGGACAUACAAGAUAUUGCAGACUGUCUGAGGACAGUGACAGUCAUCAUGUCCUCAAGGAUAGUCUCUGUGCAUGUUGUAACAAGCGAGAAAGUCUGAAGCUAUCAGAACUGGCCAAUUUUGAGCCCAAGGACGAAAAUCUUUUUAACACUGAACUGAAAGCAUUUAAGGAAUACCUGGAAGCAAGAUAUCCACUGUGCGACAGUUGCAAAUCAACAGUUAGAAAUGUGCUGUACAGGCAGGCGGUGUGGCUAACUCGUUAUAAAAUGCUAUUCUUUAGGCAGAAACCACUUAAAAUGUUUAUCAGUAAAGCAAAAAAAUCAGAAACAGUUUUCCGAGUUAUCUCGACAAUUCUGAUCUCGAUAGUCAUGUACAACCACGACUUUAUUUGGCUACCAAUCAGUGGACUGUUCUUUCAUUUGUGCGCUUGUUGGUCGAGCUUGAUGAGGAAAAGGAGUUUUGAUAUAUUAUUAAUAUUUUUAUGGUUUUGCGUCAUUACUCUCAUGUCCAUAAAGGAUUUGACAAUUGUUCAAAAUCCCUGGGUUACAGCAGAAUACAUCGUGCAGUACCGUAUGGUAUCGGUUUGCGCAUUUAUUACAGCUUUAGUAAGCCUAAGAUCCAGCUUGUAUAAAAGUACUUCAACCGGCUCGGUAGUGUUUAAAAAAAUCAAGUUGCACUCACGAGAUGUUCCAUCUCAACUCGAAUGUAACAGUCAAAACAGAAACAAUACUGUUCCAAGCGAAAUGAAUGACAGUAUUAAAUCGUCAGUCUAUGCAGCGAGCGAAGUGUCUCCCACUGAAAUCAAAUUCAGCAAGUCGCAUUCAGCAAUAUUGAGACGGAAGCUGUCUACGAUUACAAACAACGGUACCAAUGGUUCCCUAAACUCCGUCUCUCAGAAUGACAGUCCACCGGAUAGCUGUUUGAACGACAGUUUAAACUCUCUUCUCCUGAACGAGGAUCCUCCAAAAUACGACAGGAUUACAAAAAUGGCACCGGCAAUCUUCGAGCGAAGGGUAUACAGCGCGACAAGUUCUGAGAAUCUGUUUAGGAAAUCCGGCAGCAAGCAUAGAUGCAUCCUAUCUCCACCGAAGCUCAGAUCGGUGACACAAACCUCGUGGGUGGCGGGCGGUUACUGGCAGGAGAGUAUGAUCCCCACGCUGCCGACGCUCUCGCGCUCGUCCAGCCAGAGCUCCGGUUUCGGAUCGGUCGGCUCCUCCAAUCUCGCGCCUUCCCGUGAACCAUCCGUGCACGAGCUCGAUCGGUGCUCUUCCGCUGCGUCGGAGAUCUGGCGAUGGUCGUGCCAGACGCCACGUCCAGGUCCUUACGUCGCGAGGCACGACUCGCCGGUGCCGCGGCCGCAAUCGCGAUAUUCCGAUGUGACGGGGAGUCAUUUGCGAGCAGUGCCGUCGCCGGCGAUCCGCGCGAUGCUCAACACAGACAAUCACGUCCAGGAAAGCUGCGUGCAUGGACCAGACAUUGGAGAUGUCCAGAAUAGCUCGGUGCCAGCAUACGCUGGUCAUCACACGACAACGAUCGUCGCGAGCCCUGGCUGGCUCUCUGCGUUGCUCUGCGUUUCACUGAUACUGAAUAUGAUAGUGCUGUGCACUACGUUAUUACGUUAACGUCGCGACGACCAGAAUCGCCACGUCCAGGGUCGUUCACUGUGUUCACGCGGUAAUUUUUACGAAUCGCCAUGGCUAUUUAUAUGAUUGCUAGCGUUAGUUAAAUCUCGAGUACUCGGCGAGUCUAACCGCUUCUACUAGGAAGAUCCCUCAUGCCCAUUUCUAUCAAUGAAGUAAC